AGCUGGUUAGACAACAGUUGUGCAUUAACUUGCGGGAAUUGACCUGCCACGCCCGCCUCCCACGCGCCAUAUCACAGGAUAAACCUAUUCAUAAUUCUUAAGAAUGUACAAGUUUGCGUGUGUUUUGUGCUCGGCUCUGCUGCUGACCUAUGUCCUGGCACGUCCUCAGGAUGCGCGCGCCGCUGGAUCUGGGGCAACAACAACAACAACGCAGGCCAGCAUUAUCCAUCAGGAUAAUGUGAACAAUGCCGAUGGCAGUUUCAACAGCAGUUAUGAGACAUCGAAUGGCAUAAGAGUAGAAAACAUUGGAUACCUGAAGAAGAUCAUCAUACCGAAGACGGAGACUAGCGAUGGACAGGUGAUUGAGGAGCACGAGGAGCUGGUACUGGUGCAAACUGGAUCCUAUAGCUAUAGCGAUCCCGAGGGAAAUAUAAUUACCCUGCGCUAUGUGGCCGAUGAGAAUGGCUUCCAGCCGGAGGGUGAUCAUCUGCCAGUAGCGCCACAAUAGUUGCGUCAAUGGGGCGUAUGUGUAAUUAAGUAAUUAGCAAUAAGUAUGUAUGAAUAUUUUAUAUCGUAUAAAGUAUUACGUACUGGAGAUAGCACAGCACUGCCCUAUGCCAUACGAGCCAUACGAUAGGUUGCAUUAUAUCAGUUCUUAUAUCAAUUUUGGCACUGACAUUCAACACACACACACACCUACACUCAGAAAC